GAACUGUCAUUGCGUCAAAGGCAACUGGUUGUGGAAUUGCACCUGCAGAUCAAAGAGGGAAACACAGUAAACACAGAAGAAUUGAUUCAGAAAUCUUGAAUUCCAUCCGAGACCACAUAAACUCAAUACCGCGAAUUGAAAGCCAUUAUGUUAGAAGCGAUACGUCAAGAGAAUUUAUAGAUGGUGGGUUGUCCAUUGCCGAAAUGCAUAGGCAUUAUUCAGAAGAAAGGGCUUUAGCUAAUAAACCCACCACAACUUACGAUACAUAUGCCCGGAUAUUCAAUACAGAAUUUAACAUUGGAUUCUUCGCACCUAAGAAAGAUCAAUGUGACCUAUGUGAAUCCUAUAAAAAUAAUCCAAACAAUACUGAAGUACAAAAGGCAUACGAAGAACAUCAAGAAGAAAAAAAACUUAGUCGUAAUGAGAAGGACCAGGAUAAAAGCAAAGCCAAAAACCAAGACAUUGUUUUAGCAGUUUAUGACUUGCAGGCGGUACUACCUGUACCAAUGGCGCAAACUUCAAUUUUUUUUUAUAAAUCCAGACUUAACUGUUUCAACUUUACGGUAACUGAAAUUGGGAAUGACAAAACUUUCUGCUUCUUCUGGCAUGAAGGGCUCGGGCAUAGAGGUGCUGCAGAAAUAGGGACUUGCGUUUUACUCUAUCUAGAGGAAUUGUCCAAAACCAAACCUGGAGCUGAUGUCGUGUUUUAUUCAGACAACUGUGGUGGUCAGCAAAAAAACAAGUAUGUACCAACACAACAACUAUUAAAGUACAGCAUUGGCUUGGAAACCACUAACACCCACAGAAUGGGGAUUCCGGAUAUCUCACGAGCAAGUCACCCCGGCACCAAGCACCUGACGAGCUUUUCAUUUAAUUACACAUAUGUUUGUAUAGGCCAGUGUGAUAUAGACAUUGUAACUGCGCCCGAGCUUGUACUUCCAAGUUUACCCGCUGUAUUGGAGAUUGCACCAAUGCAUCGACCUCAUCCUCUGCAGGAUGAUAAGGAUGUUAAAGAUGCGAAAUUGUAA